AUGCCCUCGUCACCCACUCUACCCACUUCACCCUCCUCACCCUCCUCAUCAUCCCCUAUCACUCCCCCACCUCCAUACUCAUCCCCUUCUUCACCUCACUCCACCCACCCAUCUCCCAUCUCUCCCAUUCCCUCCAUCCUCUCCAGCCCCCAACGCCGUCGCCGCCGUCCCAGCGCACGCCAAAUCUCAUUCGCCGCCCUCGAACCAAAACCCAGGGAGGGGUUCUGGAAGGGCAUCCUCCCUCGCAAACAGCGCCCACCAACCCCGCGCUGGCCCCCUGCUCCCUCAUCUAACUCUAAUUGGAAGCGGAACUUGAGUAUCCUCGUUGUCUUUGUUGGGAUUUUGGGCAGUUUGUGGUUGGAUUAUUGGAUUGCGGGGGAUGGGGAGGGGCAGGGGGUUAGGCCGGUUGUGUGUUUUAUGGGUGGGGUUGCUGGUGAUGGUAGUGUUUGUGGUGUGGAGAAUUGGUUGGGGUUGGGGUUGAGGUUGAGGAAAUGUGAAGUUGGGAGGGUGGAAUCGAGUGGGAGUGGGCACGGGAGUGGGAAUGGGACUGGUGGUGAGGACCCUAAGGGAGAAGGGGAGGAUGAAGGGAAAGAUGAGGAUAAAGAUGGGGAUAAAGAAUUUGAGGAGGCAUUGAAAAAGCUGGAGAUGAAGGACAAGAAAGGGAAAGAUGAUGGUGCCACUGAAGAGGAGGGAGGUUCUGAAGUUGAACGCGGUUUACGCUUCAUGGAGGAUAUCGAGGGCAUUGUGGACUUGACAAACUUGUUAGUCGCGCAUUACAACUCGGAUUCUGAUCUUGAUUUCAAAAUGGAGCCCAAGAGCGAUAGGGCAGAGUACUGGACCACCAAGAAAAGAGCUUUCGUCUACGACACUCAAUCUUUGCACCUCUCUCUCAAGCAAACUCUGUCACAUCUCCUCACCCAAGAAACCGCCUUGAUCGAUGAUUCUAUCGAUUGGCUUUCGGAGGUAAGUAGAUCGGCUGGAGGAAAACUCACAACGACAACAUCCACCUGCACCAGCAACAGCGAGAGCAGUAACGAGAACGCCAACAACGAAAACCAGAGUCCGAACCCGAAUCUGGACCAGAAUCCUCUCAAUCCUGGCGAGUUCGAAACCCCAAUCUGCUCAACUUCCACACAUCCACAGCAAAAUGCAACCCAACCCUCAAAUCCCAUCCAACCUCUCUCUUUUCCCCCCAACGACACAACCACCCUCAUCAAAACAACAAAUCGACUUCUCACUGUAAUCAGACAGCUCAAGGAGUCUUACCACGAUUUUGUAUUUGCACAGCGGGAUCUGGAUAGCUACUCGGAAGAAGACCAAGAACACCACCCACAAGAAGAAAGUCGGCAAGAAGAUAACACCUCAGAACAAAACUCCCCAGAAGAAAAGCCCCAAGAAAAAAGCCCUUCAGAAGAAAACCCUUCAGAAGAAUACUCUUCAGUAGAAAGGCCCAAAGAAGAGAACCAACCAGAAGAAAGCCCACAAGAAGAUCACCCUCCAGAAAAACACCUUCAAGAAGAAAGCCCUUCAGAAGAAAACCUUUUGGUACCAGAAGCAAAUCCUCAAGAAGAGAACCAACCACAGGAAGAACACCACCCUUCCGAAGACCACCCAGGAAAAGGACACCCAGAUGAUCAAGACAGUCCAGAAAAUAGGCACCGGGAAGAACAACCCUCUCUCGAAGAAAACCCCCAAGAAGCCUCAUCAUCAUCCUCCUCCUCCCCCGCCUCCCCCUUCCCAUCCCCAUCCUCAUCCCCUUUAUCAGCCAACCCCGAAACAUCAAAGAAGACAUAGACAUCGAUCUCUUAGCGAAUCAAUUCAAAGGCUUGGUUAGAGCGGAGAGGGUCUUGCAGGUGUUGAGGGGGAAGGUGUUGAGGUUGAUGUUGGGGGCUUGGAUUGGUGAGUUUGAG